GCUAUACUGAGUCAAGAAAUACCCAGUUUUGGUAUAUUGAAUCUGAAUUCACUUCAGGUUCCGUCAUGUCAAUGAUUUCGAAUUCACUCCAGCUUUAUCGUUGUUUGAUCUGCUGCGUAUUAACCUGUAUCAUGGAUGGCUCCCGGAUCCUCAGUUUGCUGAAAUCAAGGACGCUAUUGGAGAGCUUACUUAUAACCAGAUAGUGGAAAGAAUCUGCGAUGACGGUGACCCCAAUCGGUUUCUGUACGAGGAGUUCCUCGGCGAAAACAUAUCUCAGCUGACUUACCAUGGGUUGGUAGCUCUUAUGGAAGCAAUGCGCGAUGGCGAAUUGGCUGUGUUAUUCCGGAAUAAUCAUUUUCAUACCAUUCACAAAAGGAAGAUAGUGGCUAUGUACGGGAACCUGAUAUUGUGUGGGAGUCUUUCAAUACAGUGGACGGCAGUUCACUAUUUUUCAAUGGUGACUUUGAGAUUAGCCCUCUCCCUUCUAGCAAUGUCUGCGAUCCGAAAGCAGCUUGUUCUACUGAAGCGGAGUUAG